UUACCGAUGAAGCUUUUGAAACUCCGGAUGGAUGAGCUCUCCAGUACACCACAAACCACCGUUUCUUGAUCGAUCGCUCGAUCGCCGCGGCUCUCAAUAAAAGUGUAAAAGAUCGAUAUCAUAUCCCAUUUGAUACUGUAGGAAAUGCCUGCCGGUGAGCUUCUAUAUCCGUCGCAGCAACAUCCUCCGCCGGCGGAUUUGUCGGUGGAAGAGGAUGAGGCUAUCCUGUGGAACCAAAUCAAGGGGGAGGCAAAGCGCGACGCGGAGGCAGAGCCGGCUCUCGCCAGCUACCUAUACUCGACUAUCCUUUCGCACUCCUCGCUGGAGAGGUCCCUCUCGUUCCAUCUGGGAAAUAAGCUCUGCUCUUCCACUUUGCUUUCAACUCUUCUUUAUGAUCUUUUUCUCAAUACCUUCGCCUCAGAUCCCUGCCUUUGCGCCGCCGCCGUUGCUGAUCUCCGUGCCGCUCGUACGCGUGACCCAGCCUGUGUGUCCUUCUCUCACUGCCUUCUCAAUUACAAGGGUUUCUUGGCCUGCCAGGCUCACCGAGUUGCUCACAAGUUGUGGACUCAGUCCCGUAGGCCAUUGGCGCUGGCAUUACAUUCUCGUGUCUCAGAUGUUUUUGCUGUUGAUAUACACCCAGCAGCUAAAAUCGGGAAGGGGAUCCUGUUCGAUCAUGCAACUGGAGUGGUGAUAGGUGAGACAGCAGUGAUUGGGAACAAUGUGUCAAUAUUACAUCAUGUUACACUUGGUGGGACAGGAAAGGCAAGUGGGGAUCGGCACCCGAAGAUUGGAGAUGGAGUUCUGAUUGGGGCUGGUGCAACCAUAUUGGGGAAUGUCAAAAUCGGGGAUGGAGCGAAAAUUGGGGCUGGUUCAGUGGUUUUGAUUGACGUGCCACCACGGACCACAGCAGUGGGUAACCCAGCAAGGCUGGUUGGAGGGAAGGAAAAGCCAGCGGAACAUGAGGAGUGCCCUGGGGAGUCUAUGGAUCAUACAUCAUUCAUAUCUGAGUGGUCAGAUUAUAUUAUUUGAUGAAUUGGGGCCUCAAUUUUGUUAUUUUAACGGCGGGUUGUAAGUUACAUACAAUAGCAUUGUUAUCCUAAUGGCCAUAUCACAUACUAGCACCCUGACCGUGGUGUUUUAAGGUUUGUGGUUGUAUUCCUUCUUUUUGCUUGUAUGUAGGCUUUGAUUGAUCAAAGCCAGUGACAAUAUAUGAUGUUUAGGGUAGGAUUGAAAGGUCAUCAUACUUUCUUCUUUGAAUUAGCAAUGAAUUAAUAUCUUCAAAAUCAA